AUGGCAGCUAUCACUGCGACGAUGAGUCCAUCCUCUUCCAUUGCUGGAGGCGUCGGUCCCAAUACUGCCUUGCCUCCGGUACCAGCGAUGGAGCCUCGCUUCUCGCUGCCCGAUAGCACGCCUAGAUCCAGCAAGACGUCCAUCAUCAUAGGCGGUGUCACCGUUUAUAUCUUGGGUCUGGAAGAGCUUCAAGCCAGUCGCAAGGACGGACAAGUUACCGUACUAUACCUUGCGCACAUGCGUAAAAGCACAUAUACCGUCACGGAGAACCUCGGACAUGAGAUCUUGUACAGAUACAAGCAACACUGUAAAGGAGAUCAGAGUCGACGCGGUCUCAUCGCCGUGACGAUGGAUAUGCGGAAUCACGGUGCAAGAGAGAUUAGCAGGUUAGCUAAUCUUACCUGGCAAGAUGGCAACGAGACGCAUGCCUCCGAUCUCAUAUCCGUCAUCGAUGGUUCGGCUACCGACUACCAAGUGGUCAUGUCACAUUUACCCUCCUAUCUGCCCCAACAAUUCGAUUACGUCAAGAAUGUCUUCAUGGGUGUUUCACUCGGAGCUCACACGGCUUAUCGAGUUUCCCAACUCUCUCCCUCUAUCGACGGUUACAUCACGGUCGUAGGCUGCCCUUCCCUCUCUUCUCUCCUCCUCUCUCGGCUCGGCGUUCUACCUUCAACAUGCAACGUCAGGCCAAGCGAGAUGGAUAAGGUGGACUAUUCAACUUUGAAGAGGAUCAUGAGCCCAGAUCAACUCAGAAAGUAUCCUAAGAAUCUCGCUCGGAUACUAUCAAGUCAAGAUGAAGCCAUCUUUGAGCAUUUUCCCAGAAACGUUCCGGUAUUGAUGUGUGGCGGCAAGCUUGAUCCAUUGGUCCCGACCCUUUUGACGGUGGACUGGUUGGAUCGAAGGGGAACAGCGAGCUCGGACGAUAAGACUACUUUGUUUGUACAGGAGAAUACGGGGCAUAGUUGUACGAAGGAGAUGGUGGCUAUGGCUGCCAAGUGGAUAUUCACAAACUUCUCAUAG